GUUGACGCGGACCGGUGUCUUAAAGGAAGUAAUGAUCGAAUAUAAGGCGAUCAAGGACAAGCUGGAGCAGGGGAAAGGAAAAGGGGCGAAGGGCGCAGAGCAAGCGUACUUCGUCGACGGUGAGAGCCACAGGGAGCGGUACUCAAGUAGGAGUCAGGGGCAAGGUCGUGGUCGUGGCGGCGGCCGUGGCCGCAGCAGCAGUCGUGGCCGCGGCGGAGGCGGUCGCGGCGGCGGCGGCGGCGGUCGCGGCGGCCGCUCAGGCGGAUCCGGAGGAGUCGAGGAGAGCCAGGGAAGCAGCAGUGGAGGCGCCGAUGGCGGCGGUGGCGGGGACUAUAAGUUCCCGGGCCGGUGCUUUAGGUGUGGACAUCGUGGACAUCAAGCGAUCGGCUGCACUACCAACGAGAAGGACUUCGUGCCGUGGUGUGCGCGCUGCGAGGGGUGGGGCCACAACAAAGAAAAGUGCGCGACGGAGGAGGCCGUCCUAGCGCAAGUGGUGGGCAUGAGAGCGACAUGGACUCCGUGGAAGACCAGGCGUUUUGUGCCGUGGCAGUCCCCCCAGGAGAGUGUGGUACCGAGCAGUGACGCCGGCGGUGCCGGCGGCCCGUGCGGCGAAGAGUCCGGCAACCCAAGUGGGGACGGCGGUAGCGAUGGUGAUCCCGGCGACUUCGAGAACCUCGAGGAGUUGAAGUAUGAUCCAGCCGACGACCGCUACCCCCGCGGGCUAGAAGGGAAGAAACUCCUCUGGGGCGCCUCGAACGCUGGCCCGCUGCGCCAUGGGCUUGAAAGUGGCCGCACGCUGAAGCAGACCCGGGAGAUGCAAGGUGCCGGGGAGAUGCCGGGGCCCGGAGAAACACCGGACCCGGAAGAGGCACUGCUGGUGACCAUCCUGGAAACUGGCGGGACGGGGAUUGUUGAGUACUUCAUCUGCAACUCGCUUGUGAAGGAGCAGUGGGACGAGAAGCAGCCACGCCGUAUGGAGGAGAUGUACAGGCGGGAGAUGCAGGAGGUGUUGGGCCCGGAACGGCAGGCGUUCGGGGCCGAGGUCGACGCCAGCGGGUCCUCGCAACCACUCCCAGACCCACAGCUAAGUAUUACCUCGCCAAUCGGGCAGAGGCCGAGUGAUGUGGAAGCAGUACCGAUGACGUACAAGGAUGUGAUGUGUUCCAAGUACAAGAUUUUCUGGGAGGCGGCCGUGAGGAAAGAGAUAGAUGCUACGGCAAGACUGGAACCUUUAUCAAGGUCAAGGAGCUGCCCGAGGGGCGGAAGGCCAUAGGUUCAGAGUGGGUGUUCUCUUGGAAGACGAAUGAGAAGGGCCUGGUAGUCGACUUCAAGGCCCGUAUGGUUGCGCGGGGUUUCCCUCAAAUCUCAGGCAUCGACUUCUACCACUCAUCCUCAGCGUGCCCGUCUGCAGGGUCUAUCAAGAUGGUGAUUGCCGUAGCCACUGAAAAGGGCAAGAACCUCGCUCACUGGGAUGUGAAGCAAGCGUACAUCCACGCUAAGCUAAAAGAAGAAAUAUACGUCAGGUUCCCGGAAGGCUGCGGGUAGCAUGUCCGGCAAGGUGGUCAAGGUUGAGCGUGCCCUGUAUGGCCUAAAGCAGAGUGGCCAUGAGUGGGGGUUUGAAGCUGCCGAUGCCCUCAUCGAGAAUGGAUACGAGCAGUGCAGGGUUGACCUGUGUCUUCGGGAAGGUGGUGGAUAGAGAGGUCGUAGGUCUCAUCGUGAUCUACGUUGAUGAC